CUAUUUUUUAAGAAAAAAGAGAAUGAAGGUGAAUAAUCAAUAGCAUGAAACUUAUGAUGAGAUAUAAGGUUCAUUUUCAUUGGAAGAUGAUGAAAAUUAGAUUAACUGUUAGAGAUAUUCAAUUGAAGAGAUACCAACAAAUUAACUUAGGUGUAUAAUUGUAAAUAAUUAUUAGUGGAGAUGAAGCAAUUGAGAAAAGUUUCAUGCAAUCUAUAGGGAAAUCAUCAAUUUUGAAUAGUAAAACUUAAAAGACAUCAAUUCCUCUUACAGCUGUGAUAAUUAUGAAAAGUAUGGUUGGAGUAGGAAUACUAGGUGUUGUAAUAAAUUUAAAUAAAAGUUAGCCAUAUGUUACAUCCAAUUUUGGAGGAAUUUUAACUACUCUAAUUCUAAUAAUAAUAUUUUGUAUAGGAAUUUUGUCAUCCAUUUUGUUACUAAAAUGCAAAAAUUUAUCAAGAAGGAGUAAUAUUUCAACAAUUGGAUUUUUUGUAUUUAAACAUAAAUGGAUUGUGAUAGUAAUAAACUUGAUUAUAAUUUCAUCAAAUUUAGGAGUAUGUUUGAGUGAACUAAUGUAUGAAAUAAAUUUUAUUAUUUUUUAGAAUAUUUGGGGAUACUUGUAGUAAUUUAGUGAAUUAUUUUUCAGGUCAGAAUUCAACUGAACAACCUAUAUAUUUAUCUCGACCAUUAUUGAUAAUUAUAGCAAGUGUUGUGUUAUUUCCAUUUUUGAUAGUGAAAUAAAUUGAAAAGUUGAAGUUUGUAAGUUUAUUUGCACUUUUAUCGAUUGGAAUGUUUACUUGUUCAGUUGUAUACAACUAUUUUCUAAUUGAGAAAAAAAAUGAUACAUUUACUUGGUGGUUGCCAGAGAAUUUUUCAAUAAUACGAGCUAUGGCAUCAAUGCCUACUUUAAUUUUAGCUUUUUGUUGGCAAUUCAAUUUAUUUCCAAUUUACAAAGGUAUGACUAAAAUAACAGACAGAAAUUUAAUAAUCUCAACCAUUUUAGGAUUUGUUAUGGGAUCUAUACUUUAUCUUUUAGUAGGAAUUUUAGGUUUUGCAACAUAUGGAAUAAAAGUAUAAUAUCAUUAAAUUAAUUAUAGAUAGAACCAAAUUAUUUAUUAAGUAUUAAUGAUUCAGAUGUUGGUGGACCUUUAUUUGUUCUAUUGAAUUUAUCUUUUGUUCUUUCAACAACUUUGACUAUACCUUUGAUGUUUUUUGCAGGUCGGAAUAACUUUAUAUAACUAAUUAAAUAAUUAUAAGUAAGAAAUUUCUAUUUAUUUUAGAACAACAAAACAAAGAUUUUGUCAAAAAAUAGAAAAAAUUUGCUUGAAAAUUAAAACAAAGAUUUAGAUUAUAAUACUAUAGUUAAUUUAAAGAAAAAAUCUUAAGCAAUAAGAUUUUAUGGAAUAAGCAUAAUUUUAUUUUUGAUGAUAACGGUAGAAGCAAUAUUCUUGAGAAACUUAGGAAUAGUUUAUAAUUUAUUAGGAUCUAUAACAUGUAAUGCAAUAUAAUUAGGACUGCCAACUUUGUUUUAUAUAUUUUUAGCGAAAUAAGUAAAGAGAAUGAAGUUUAGAAACAUUUAAAAUAGAAUUUUCUAUUAUUUAGUUUGUUUAUUACUGCUACUAAGUAUAUUUCUUACAUUUUUUUGUGUGACAAGUGAAUUUGUUUGA